GUGAAAACAUCUUCUUGGCUUCCGGAUUUUAAAAACAUUUUAUAAAACCCGUUAAAGAAUUAUAAAACUUGUGAAACAAUUUUUACUACAGCGUAUGCUGUAUUCCUUUAUGGUUCUUUGAAUCCAUUGUUUCGCAAGCUUCAUCAAAUUUCUUUGCUUGGUCUUAUCUAUAAAAUAAAAUGCAGUAGAAAAUGAAGCAGUUGUUGUUAACUGUGCAUCUUCUUUUACAAGCAAUGUUUUCAAAGCUAUUAUACACCAAAAGAAUUGAGGUGUUGUUGCUGGAUAAGUUGUUUAAUGGUACUAGUUACAACAUUAAUUCAUUGCCAAGGUUACCAGGAGGUGUUGUCAACUUGACAUUUGAUGUUGCUAUACAACAAUUAAUUAAUUUGAAUGAAAAAAAAGAGGUAAUAGAAUUAUCGAUGUGGAUUCGUCAAUACUGGAAUGAUCCUUUUUUCGUUUGGAACACAAGUGAAUGGCAAGAUUUAAACAGAUUAAUUGUAUCACCAGAUAGAGUCUGGAAACCAGAUAUAAAGUUGUAUAACAACGCAGACAAAGAUUUUCAAGGAUUGGAUGUAUUUGGAAAAACUAAAGUAACAGUUUAUAGCAAUGGCAAUGUAGUAUGGCUAAUACCAACAAUUUUAAGAAGUACGUGCAAGCUUGAUAUGAGGUAUUUUCCUUUUGAUGAACAAAUUUGUCCUUUAACUUUUGGGUCAUGGGUAUACGAUCAAACUGAAGUCAAUUUUUUUUCCAAAAAAGCUCACGGAGAUUUAUCAUAUUUGUCAAAAAGUGGAGAAUUUAUAAUUGAAAAAUUAGAUGUUGUACGACAUUCGAAGCGCUGUGCGUGUUGUCAAAAUCCAUGUGUUACCUUAACUUUUAAUUUACAUCUUCAACGUCGAGGAAAGUACUAUCUGUUUAAAAUUAUUCUUCCUGGAAUUUUGAUUGCACUUCUUUCUUGUUUUUCGUUCAUUCUUCCUCCAUUAACUAGUGAACGAACAGGUUUGGUAAUAACAAAUUUACUAUCUUUGUCUGUUUACGUAUUAAACGUGGCUAAUUCUGUUCCACCAAGCUCUGAAACAUAUCCUGUUUUGGUAAAAUUCUACACUAUUUUGAUAAGUGAAAUCGGAUUUGCACUAAUCGUUAACUGCAUUAUUAUAACGCUUGAUACAAAAACCACUCAUGUGCCAAAAUGGAUAGGCGCAAUUUUUCUUCAAAACAAUUUUAAAUUUUUUAUUAUUGCUUUGAAAAACAAAGUUUUUUCAAAACUAUCCCAAAAUAGUCAGACAACCUUUCAGAAUUCAUUAUUUCAAGAUGCUGUUCAAAGAUGUUCAAAAGACACAAAAAAUAUUUUAAGUGGCUAUCCCUAUUACGAAAAAACGAAGGCAACAACAUUUUUUGAUACAAGAAGCAAUUUAGAAAAAACUUUAAUUACUGAAUCAGAUCCAAUAAAUUUUGAAAGUUUUGUUAUAAACAAAGAUUUUGAAUACCUUGAGCUAAAUGAAUAUUUGUGUGCGGAAUUCGACUGCAAUAAAACUCAGAAAGAAUGGAAAGAAGUUUUAAAAUCAAUUGACGUCUUGUUUUUUAUUUUUUUUUUUGAUUGUAAUAAUCGCAAGCAUCGUUUUUAUUUUUUCAACUGCACCCAAUGUUAACUUUUAAAGAUAAAUACUUUAUUCACUUACAAAUAUAAGAGGUUUUCAAUACACCUCUCAACACAUUAAAAGAAUUGCAUGCUAUAGGUUGAAUUCAAUUUUUAAACACCAAAUUUUCAAAGAACAACUUUAAAGGUGUCAAAAUUU